UCAGCAAAGUCAUCGAUGGAACGAGAGCAGAUCGUCUCUGAGGCUGAGGCUAAAGUUAGACCGGCCUGCAGAGGGGUAUAUAAGCCUCCGGGGGACGUCCGGAAUACGCGGCUUCACACUGUCUUCUCCUCCUUGAUCAGCCAAAACCUCCACUCAUACCGUCUCAAGAUGGCACCAAAGAAGGCAAAGAGGAGGCAGGCAGCAGGAGAGACCGGCUCCUCCAACGUGUUCUCCAUGUUUGAGCAGAGCCAGAUUCAGGAGUACAAGGAGGCUUUCACAAUCAUUGACCAGAACAGAGACGGCAUCAUCAGCAAAGAUGACCUGAGGGACGUGCUGGCUUCGAUGGGCCAGCUCAACACCAAGAACGAGGAGCUGGACGCCAUGAUCAAGGAGGCCAGCGGCCCGAUCAACUUCACCGUCUUCCUCACCAUGUUCGGAGAGAAACUGAAGGGUGCCGACCCCGAGGACGUCAUCCUCACCGCCUUCAAGGUGCUGGACCCCGAGGCCACCGGAAGCAUCAAGAAGGAAUUCCUUGAGGAGCUCCUGACCACCCAGUGCGACAGGUUCUCUGCAGAGGAGAUCAAGAACAUGUGGGCCGCCUUCCCCCCAGAUGUUGCCGGCAACGUAGACUACAAGAACAUCUGUUACGUCAUCACACACGGAGAGGAGAAGGAGGAGGAGUAAAGAGAAAGCUAGAAGACAAAAAUUUUAAAAUAAUGCAGCAAUCCCUUUGCUUUUUCUGCCUUCCCCGCCCUCUGCUUUCCUCCUCUUCCUCCUCUUCCUCGCUCACCAUCCGUGUGAACCAAUGUGCUCAAACCAAAGACUUGUCACGCUGGCACACGGCAGUGCUGAACCCCACUGCGUGUCUGUGUUUGCUUGUGUGGGAAAGGGGCGAUUUGCAAUAAAAGGAUCCUGUAACAUCA